AUGGUGAUGAGGUGGUUUGAUGGCCUCAAGCCAAACUCCGUAAAUUCCUUUAAGCAGCUAACCCAGGCUUUUAACUCUAGCUUCAUCACGAGUAGUAGGGUUCCUCAGCCUUUGGAUUCCCUCCUGUCCUUAUCCAUGCGAGAAGGAAAGACCCUGAAGGCCUACUCAGAUAGGUACUGGGAGAUGUAUAACGAGAUAGAGGGUAAUUAUGAUGACGUUGCCAUCAACACCUUCAAGAGAGGCCUGUUGAUAGAGCAAUAUUUAAGGAAAUCCUUGAGCGGGAAACUGGUCACCAGCGUGUGUCAGCUUAUGGACCGAAUCGACAAGUACAAGAGGGUCAAAGAGGACCAGCAGAUGGGUAAGGGUAAAGCGAAGGUUGUCCCUCAGGAGAGGAGGGACUUCAGGUUAGACCGAUUUAGCAGCAACAAUCGGCUGAGAAGAGAUUACACGGAGCAGCCUAGAUCUGUCGGGGUGCAGGCAGUCCACGCUGUGUUCCGGGAUCCAUUACAUCAGAUCUUGAAGAAAGUCAAGAACGAGCCAUUCUUCAAAUGGCCAAAUAGGAUGGCAGGUGACCCCACAAAACGCAACCAAAACCUAUACUGUCAAUACCACCAAGAACCGGGGCACACCACCAAUGAAUGCAGGAACCUGAAAAACCACUUGGACCAGCUGGUUCGAGAGGGAAAGUUAAGUCAUCUCUUGUAUCAUACAAACGGCUGA